CCAACUCCACAGAGGAGACUUGCGCCUCAAUCUGAUGGACUGGGAAACUGGAUUCCAACCUUGCGAUGAUGUUCUUGAGUCUCUGCUCGACCCCAGGCCAAGGAUCAAGGGCUUCAAAGGUUGCAUCAGAACAUUUUCUGGCAUCACAACUCUGGCACAAAUAGCCUCUGCUGCAGAAUAUCUGCACAUCCACGUUGAGGCUCCGCUUGACCUCAGACCUCUGCCACGCAAAUGUCGAUACCUGCGAAUUUACGUGCCCUUGAUGAGCACCACAAUGGUAGCUGUGCCGCUCCCAGAUCUUCCUUCUCCCCAUCUGACGGUGCUGGGGGUUGCGGCUGGGAGCGCGGAGGCCGUGGCCCAGACGGUGCUCGCUUACGCUCCCUCCAGCAAGUGGUACUCCGACAUCGCCUUGCAUUACCCGGAGCUGAGCGAAGAGGAGGAGCGGCGGCUGCUGACGCUGCUGCACAUUCAAUAA